AUGAACAUGUUGGAUGUAGAAGACGACAGCUUUCACGUCACAAGUGAAGGUUAUUCCAAUCUGAGUGACUCAGAAUGGGAGGUAGUCGGCCGCAUGAGUGUGCUCAUGGGCGAACCCGCCAUCAGUGGCAUGUUGACGUCUCUAAGCAGAGACCAGCAACGUGCUGCUAUCAACAAAUUCCUACAAGGAGAACUUGCCGUCGAAAGACAGAAGUUGGCUUGCUACAGCAGCAAGGCUCUCAUCAGUCAAUGGGUGGGCCGACGCACACGCGUCGACCCAAAGCCUUGA